AUGGCACCAAUCAAAAAGCCAAAACCUGAUGGAGUCAAAAAGAUCUCUUUCAACGCAACUGAUGUGACUCCUGCUCGCGGUGUUGAAGAAAAAAUGAGUUGGAAGGAAUACAAAAAAAUGAAGGAGCAAGUUGGAAUCGGGAUGCCAAAAAAGUUGAGGAAAAAGAAGGAACCAAUAGCUAAUGAAGAAGAUAGUGGACCGAAGAAACCAAUGAAGCUGACUAAUGCACAAAAGGAAAGACACGAUACUGGCGCUGGUGUGAUUGAUCCUUCAACAAUGAGGUCGAAGCUUCAACAGGAAAAAAUGAAAAUGACAAAAGAGAAAUUCGAGCGAAGAAUCGAAGCAACCGCGAAAGCGGAGAAGCGGCUUGUUGAAAAUGCAGGAUUCGUGGCUCCAGAUGAUGAGGAAGACAACGUGUUAACAUAUAGCGUUCGUCAAAGAGACAUCGUCGAAGCUGUAGAUUUGGCGGCAGCCACUAAACAUUUCGAAUUGAAGCUCCCACGUUUCGGACCAUAUCACAUUGAUUACACCGACAACGGAAGACAUUUGGUUAUUGGUGGAAGAAAAGGACAUCUGGCUGCUAUCGACUGGCAAACUAAACAUCUUCAUUUCGAGCAAAAUGUGAUGGAAAAGGUUUCCGAUGUCAAGUUUUUGCACACGGAAAACUUCAUCGCAGUUGCUCAAAAGAAUUAUACAUAUGUAUAUGAUAAUCUGGGAACCGAAUUACAUUGUCUCAAAACGAUGUAUGACACAGCUCGCCUUGAAUUCUUACCUCGUCACUUUCUCCUCGUUGGUGGCUCGCGCAACUCUUUUCUCAAUUAUGUUGACGUUUCCGUUGGAAAACAAAUCACUUCGUUCGCAACCAAAUGUGGAACUCUCGAUGUAAUGUGUCAGAAUCCAGCUAAUGCUAUCAUUCACACUGGACAUACAAAUGGAACAGUAUCGCUAUGGUCUCCAAACUCCAAAGAACCACUUGUCAAGAUUCUUGCUCAUUUGAGUGCAGUUAAAGGGAUUGCAGUUGAUGACCAAGGAAACUACAUGGCGACUACUGGAUUGGAUAGAAAGUGUCGUAUUUGGGACGUUCGGAUGUUCCGCCAGCUUCAUGCAUACUCUCUCCCAUUUGGUGUCUCCAACGUGGCAAUCUCCCAAAAAUUGGACGUUGCUUGCGCAGUUGGAAAUCAUGUACAGGUCUUCAGAGGAAUGCACAAUGGAACUUGCAAAGAACCAUAUUUGGUGCACAAUUGCGGAGGAGUUGUCACUGAUUUGAGAUUCGUACCAUGGGAAGAUGUGCUCGGAAUUGGUCACGCUGGAGGAUUUACAAGUAUGUUGGUGCCGGGAGCUGGAGAUCCAAACGUGGAUACAUUGCGAUCGAAUCCAUAUGAGACAAAAUCACAGAGAAAAGAGAGAGAAAUCAAACAGUUGCUCGACAAGCUGCAACCAGAACUUAUCAGUCUGGAUCCUGAAGACAUCAACAAAGUCAAUGAAGGUCUUUUGGAAGUGGAAGAGGAGGAACGAAAGAAGAUACUCUACAUCCGUCCGAUGUCGGUUCAAUACACACCACGUCACAAAAUGCGUAGCAAGAAGAGCGGAUGGAAGAUGGAGGCACGCAAAAACAUUGUCAAAGAUAAGAUUAGAAUGGAAAGAAAUAUGGAGAAGCAUGCUGUCGAGAAAGAGGUCUUCGGAGAACCUGAGCAAGCAGAACAGUCGAAAAAGAAACACAUUCUCGAUAGGCUUAAGUGA